AGAAGCAAGAUACAGACGUUAAUGGUCUCCAAUGGCGGCUUUGGCCACUUCCUCUUCGUAUGUGCCGAAGCAUAAGGUGUUCAUAAAUUUCAGAGGGAAAGAAGUGAGGAACAACUUCCUCUCCCACCUCAAGAAGGCCCUGAAGGGCGCGGAGAUCAACGCCUUCAUAGACGUAGACGAUGGGGUUGGUAAAGAUAUCAGCGACCUGUUCGUGAGGAUAGAGGAGUCGAGAAUCGCGGUGGUGAUAUUCUCGAGCGACUAUUGCGGAUCCAAAUGGUGCAUGAACGAGCUCGUCAGGAUCAUGGACUGCGCCCAGGAAGGGAAACUCACCGUCAUCCCCAUCUUCUACAAGGUCGAGCCUGGGGACGUGAAAAGACUCAAGGAAAGCUCUCUCCGGAGCAUGUUCGGAUGGGUUUGGGAGUUUCUCUCUGUCACGGAUCUUGUCGACGACGUCACAAGAUGGAACCAAGCUUUGGCCUUUGUUACCAAAAAGAGGGGCUUGAAGUACUCCACCAAUUGCAACGAGAGUGAAUUUAUAGAAGAAAUCACAGAGGCGUUAAAGAAAAAGCUACGGGAGAUACCAGAGGAAGUGAGAGGGCACACGAAAGAAAAUCCAGAAAUGCAUCUCAUGAUGACGGAGCAGAUCCAUUCCGCAUGCACGUUUACCAGCCGCAACGACCUCGACCAUGUUCUCAAGGAUAAGAUCACGUCCUACGCUCUGAGGGCAAACCCGGGUUUUGAAUCAGAGGCCUUGCUCCGUACUUCGUAUCCCGGAUGUGAAGUACCUUCGUGGUUCGAUCAGCAGGCGGUUGGAUCAGCGAUAAGGCCGAAGCUGCCUCCACAGUGGCAUGAGGGGCUUUACGGGAUAGCUCUUUGUGCAGUCGCCUCCUUCUGGGACGAGCAGUAUCAAAACAGUCGCAUCCUAGUGCAAUGCACUAGUAAGCUCGAACGUGAAGAUGGCCCGGCCAUCCAACUGAUCUGGAACGUUGGAGAUUGGACAUCACCAGGAAAGAUUGAGCAAGAGCAAGUCUUCAUAGGUUACACCAAUCGCUGCCAUAUCACGAACCGUCUCAAAGGUCGGGGCUUGACCGAAUCCGUCACUGCAGAGCCUAUCCUUGAAUUCAAAGUGACAGAUGGUACAGAUGAAGUCAAACUAUGCAAAAUUACGAAAUGCGGCUUCAGCUUGAUUUAUGCUGAGAGCAACUGUCUUAUGAUCUAUGCUGGGGACCUCUCCAUCACUUGGUCCAAUCAAGAGGAAUACUGGACCUGGUGCUGUCUUCCCAAUACUACAAACGGAACACAAGUUGAGGUUGCUAAGCUGGUAGAGGUGUGCUGGCUCGAUAUAAGUGGGAAGUUCGACACCAAGGAUCUAACGCAUGGGACAAGGUACGAGGUGGUCUUCGUGGUAGGGUUAGAAGAUCUGGCGUACGGAUGGGACCCACCCGUUAACGUGACGCUUGCUCUUCCAACCGGGCAGUACUUUGAGCGGAAAGUAAGCCUGGAAGAGCAGAUGAGAAACCGGUGGCUCUAUAUUUCCGCCGGAGAGUUCGAGGCGUCGCCGGAGAUGGCCGGAGAGAUGAGGUUCUCAAUGCAUGAGCAUAACUCAACUGGAACUUGGAAGAAAGGCCUCCUCGUCAAAGGUGUUGCUAUUCGCCCCAUAUCACACCGAGGUCGAAUGAAGCUUUAAGCAAAGUGAACUGAGGUCUGUAAUAAUUCUACAGGUUUGAACUCUUGUCGUACGAAUUUGAUAUAUAUAUAUAUAUAUAUAUAUAUGUGUGUGUUGGUUAUGUGACUCAAGAACUCGAAGAUACGAAGAUUCUGCACUGACAGGAAUGUGUCGAGAAGCAGUUGUGUUUGUUCUUUUUCGGUUUGCAAUAGAUAAGACUUAAUGGUUUCCUUGUGUAACUGCUGAGUGUCACUUACAAACGUUGCUCUAUAAGAACAAGUAUUGAUGGGAUUGCGCAAAUCGAGUUGUUUGUAUAUGCUUUAUGCAUGAGUGUAUUCUCUCUUUGAAGGUGAAAGCAU